UGAAGCUUUGAAGUGUUGUGGGGACCUCGCGCCGCCCGGGUAUCGGUCAGAAUGGCAUCAGAUGAGGGAAAGCUCUUUGUCGGCGGGCUCAGUUUCGACACCAAUGAGCAGUCAUUGGAGCAAGUCUUCUCUAAAUACGGACAGAUUUCUGAAGUCGUGGUGGUGAAAGACAGAGAGACUCAGAGAUCCAGAGGUUUUGGCUUUGUUACUUUUGAAAAUAUCGAUGAUGCGAAAGAUGCAAUGAUGGCCAUGAAUGGAAAGUCUGUAGAUGGGCGUCAGAUCCGAGUCGACCAGGCUGGGAAAUCAUCUGAGAACAGAUCCCGUGGCUACAGAGGGGGGUCCUCGGGGGGCCGGGGCUUCUUCCGCGGGGGCCGAGGCCGGGGCCGUGGCUUCUCCAGAGGAGGUGGAGACAGAGGCUAUGGUGGCAGCAGAUUCGACUCCAGAAGCGGAGGCUAUAACGGCUCCAGAGACUACUAUAAUAGCAGGAGUCAAGGUGGCUAUGGAGACAGGAACUCAGGAGGCUCCUACAGAGACAGCUACGACAGUUACGCUACACACAACGAGUAAAAAUCCUUCCUGACUCAAGAUCGUCCUUCCAAUGGCUGUAUUUAUAAAGAUUUUUGGAGCUUCGCUGAAAUGGUUAUUGUGUAGUACAUCUACUUGUAUUUUCACUUUUGUAGUAUUAUCAGUUCUGAUCUUGUCAUACACAGCCUGGCAGCUUCUGAAACGAGACUGUCUGAUUAGACUGUCUCAGAGAAAGCUCUGCUUUCAAGUGGUUUUAAUCUUUUUUGAAAGCACUUCAGAUUUUAUUUUACUCUCCAUGAAUGAGCCAAGGUGUUCGUUUUUGGUUGGUUUUUUUUCCUAAGUUGGGGCCCCAAUUCAGUUUCUUUUGAGCUAGCAAGGACCUUGUACCAAUGUUCACUGGAAGCUGAACAAGCUGUGGACUUUAAAUUCUUCUAUUUUUUUUUUUUUUUUCAAGUGCAUUACCCUUGUCUUUUGUAACAUUCCUUUAGUGUAGCAAGGUAGGAAUGCAGCUUGGGUUCCGUUGGAAGGCAAACCACCUUGAUAUAUCUAAAGAGAAACGUGCUUGUAUGUUCCACUCGCAUAACGGUAUUUUUACUGUUGUAAUGAUGUAAAUGACCCAGAACUAGACUUGCAAACUUACCAUAAAGAGGUUCUUGAAAAUGUUUAUUUAUAUUGUCCUUUUUUACUGGAAGAAAUAUGCAUAUUCCAUUGCUGUUGUAUUUGAAGUGGUAAAGGAUUCCUGUAUACAGUUUUCUUUGGCUUUACGAAGCCUAUUAAAGGACCGUCUGAAAUGAA